AUGGCUGCCACCCGCAUCAACGUUUUCCGCAAUCCUGCCUACAAGGCCAAUGGACCCAAAUCUCUCGUCUACACUCUUCGCAAGUAUGGCAUGACUCCUGCCAAGAGUAUUGGCCGAUUCUAUCGUGACCCCAAGAAGACCCUCUACAUGAAAGAUGCCGAUGGUAGCUCCACCGAGGUCACUGCCGAGAACCAGCAGAACGAUGCCUUCUUCCUUUCCCCAGUCACCAUCGGUACUCCUGGGCAGCAAAUGCUGCUGGACUUUGACUCCGGUUCCUCCGACCUCUGGAUCUGGUCUACCGAAUUGUCAUCGGAUACAAUCAGCCAAGGGGAGCAGAACGGCAACGUGGCCUUCGAUCCCAAGAAGUCGACUACCUACCAGCCAAUGGAAGGCUCGACCUGGAAGAUCACCUACGGUGACCAGUCUGGUGCUUCAGGAAUCGUCGGUCUCGACGACGUAAAGAUCGGAGACAUUACUGUCGAGAAGCAGGCCAUCGAACUUGCCACGAACAUCUCGGCUCAAUUCCUGCAGACUGCUGGCAGUGGCCUACUGGGUUUCGGCUUCGGAGAGAUCAAUACUGUCCAGCCGCAGCCGGUGAAGACUCCGGUCGAGAACAUGAUCGCUCAGCAAGACAUCUCGAAGGAUCAAUCUCUCUUCACCUGCUACCUCGGCUCGUGGAAGGAUGCCAACGACCCAGAUAAAGGCGAAUCAUUCUACACCUUCGGCGGUAUUGAUCAAGAUGCGGUCAAGGCCUCUGGUCAAGAGAUCCACUACACUAAAAUUGACAAGAGCCAAGGCUUCUGGCAAUACCCCUCGACCUCAGCCUUCGUCAACGGCAAGGAGAUCUCGAUGCCUGGAAAUACUGCCAUGGCUGAUACUGGUACCACCCUCUGGAUGGCCAGCGACGAGCUCUGUGAAGCUAUCUACGGUCAGAUCGAAGGUGCAAAGAUGGAUCGAAAGCAAGGCGGCUAUGUCUUCCCCAAGACCAUCCCAACCAAAGACUUGCCUGACGUGACUGUCGACAUCGGCGGCAAGCAAUUCACCAUUGAGAAAGAGCAUCUCGGUUUCGCCGAUGUUGAUGAGACUGGGGACAUGGUCUUCGGUGGUAUCCAGCCUCGUGGAGAUCAGCUUCCAUUCGACAUCAUGGGCGAUACCUUCUUGAUGUGUGUCUAUGCGAUCUUCGACGUCGGCAACGAGCAAUUUGGCUGCGUCCAGCGUGCGGAUCCCACUCCAGCCGGUGGCGAAUAG